AAGUCAACAAUGUCACUUGCAAAGCCAGCAAUGAGAGGCCUCCUUGCCAAGCGUUUGAGGUUCCACUUGCCCAUCGCAUUCGGUCUUUCCCUGGUGGCAGCAGCCGCCUUCAAGUUCGCAGUAACAGAGCCCAGGAAACAGGCUUAUGCUGACUUCUACAAACAUUACGAUUCAACGAAGGAGUUCAAUGCCAUGAGGGAAGCUGGUGUUUUUGAAAGCGUCAGACCCACUGGAAAAUAAACCACUGUCUUGUCAUGUCCCCCCUGCAUUCCUGCUCUACAACUGAAUCUUUAUAAGAUUAUCAGAUAUGAACAUGGAUGUCUGAUGUUCUUAUUAAUAUACAAAUAAACUAUUGACCGCCAUCAUGCUGUAGUGAUUUAUUGAUACUCGUGUAUGAAAAUAAAUGUUGAAAGCUGUUCUCGUCAA